AACCAUCAUCACAAGAACUCCAUGGAAGUCGAUUCCACAACACACCGCUGCGAAGAGUUAUGGUUCGAAGACGGAAACAUCGUCCUCCAAGCAGGGGCCACUCAGUAUAAAGUAUAUCGAGGCACGAUGGCACGAAAUUCGCCAGUUUUUCACGACAUGCUGGGGUUCCCACAGCCAGCUGAAGCAGAGACGGUAGAGGGCCUGCCUCUGGUGAAACUCCAUGAUGAUGCAGAGGAAGUGACUCCCUUUCUAAAAGCAUUGUUCAUUGUAGACUUCUUCCUGCCCUUUCCCGCGCGCACGACCUACGAAGUUCUCCGUGGCUGCCUUCGGCUUGGACAAAAAUAUGCUGUCGACUCUAUCCACAAGCGUGCACUCGUACACUUCAGCUCAUAUUUCGUGACCAGCCUCGAAAGCUGGGACUUUGCUCAAUAUACGACACAGAAGGCAGACGAGAACCCGUCGAAUAUAAUCUCCUGGACCAAACCCGAGUCGAUGGGCCCCGAGUUCUACAUCUCCUGCAUCCUACUCGCCAGGGAGGUAGAAGCGACCUGGACAUUGCCCACCAGCUUUUAUCAUCUAUCGACGGAAUUUAAAAUUGUGGGGACCGGCCCGUUCCGCGCCGCCGACGGCAAGAUCUACCAGUUGAGCACGCAAGACCAGGGAGCUUUUUUGCGCGGGUCCGAAGAGCAAAUGGGGGCGACCUGGGAUAUUGUUCGUGAACUAGGUGACCCCGAGGUUCCCAAGCAAUGCCCCACAUCGCCUCAAGAAUGCACCUUCGCUAUCCUGAAUGCGCUAUACGAAGCAAACGACCAGUGCCGCGAUUGCCAACGAUUGCCGCUUCAGUUUUGGGACUACGAGCAAUGGCAAUACCUUGGUCAUGCGUGUACCCGAUGUAGAUUUGAGCUCAAACAGAAGCACAACGAGGCAAGGAUGAACUUUUGGAACGACCUGCCGAUGAUCUAUGAGCUUCCCUCAUGGACAGAGCUUGAAGUCAUGAGAGAGGCUGCGAUAGGCGACGGUCUGCUGAUAUGA